UCAUUGCUGUUACCAUUACAUUGUCACAAAUAAUGGAAAAAAUGACAGAUAUAUCCUGCUAGCCAAACACUGUUGCUAACCACAUCUGUUUGCCAUGGCUCAGAACAUACAACAGGAAACCACGAGCGGCGGGAUGCCGAUGGAAGACAAAGAAGAAGAAGAGGAGGAGGAGCAGGGUCAUGGUGAUCGGCCGCUGCUUCCAGUAUAUGCACAAGAACAAGAUGUCAAGCCAUCGACAUCGCUAUUGCCGGUGAACAGCAGGAGCAUGAGGUCAAGAGCUGAGCAGGUGAAGGAGGAGGCGCCUAGAUCCGGCAUCCGGUCACUCUCCUUCUCCAAGCUGUUCAGCUUCAGGACUGUCACCUCCUCGACCGCCAUGGACAUUGAUCAACUGGCUGCUGAAGAUGCCUGCGCAGAGCAACCAAAGCGGCAGCAACCGAAGCAGGUGUGGCGCUCGCACUCCAUGCCCAUGACUAGCAUGAGGAGGUUCCCUCACGGUCGCAGGAAGAGAGUGGUUGACUCGAGCUCGUUGCCCCGGUUCCAGGUGUCGUCGAUGCCCGUGCCCGUACCGGAAUCAUCACCAUCAGAAGCACAAGAAGGAGCCAAGCAGGACGAGGAUGCAGAGGAGGUUGGAGAAGAAGAUGCUUUCUGCAGAAUAUGCAUGGUGGCGCUAGGUGAAGGGGGCAGUGUUCUGAAGCUGGAGUGCCAUUGCAAGGGCGAGCUCGCUCUGGCGCACCGAGACUGCGCCCUGAAAUGGUUCGGCAUCAAGGGCAACGCCAACUGCGACGUCUGCGGCCACGACGUGCUCAACCUUCCAGUCACGCUCCGCCGUGCCUGUGACGACGCCCCUCCGCCGCUGCUACUACCGUCUCUCGCUGCUGCCGCAACUCCUGGCAAUGACAAUGGCGGUUGCAGUGGGUUCAGGCGGCACGACACGGUGAUCCUGGUGGUGGUGAGCAUGCUGGCCUACUUCUGCUUCCUGGAGCAGCUGCUGGUGGACGACCAUGGCACCACCGCUCUCGCCAUCUCCCUUCCCUUCGCCGGGGUCCUUGGCCUCUUCUCCUCCCUCACCAUCACCAAGAUGGUCUCCAGGAGAUACGUCUGGAUCUACUCCGCCGUCCAGUUCCUCUUCAUCGUCCUCUUCACCCACCUCUUCUACAGGUACGUGCAGCUGCAGGCCGUCAUCGCCAUCAUCCUCUCCACCUUCCUGGGGUUCAGCGUCGCCAUCUGCGCCAACACUGUGCUCCAGAUCAUCAGGUGGAGGGCCAGGCGGCUGCCGCUGACGGCAGAUUCACACCUCCAGGCUGCUCAGCCAUAGCAACAGAUUUUGCUGCAUUCUCCACUCAAGCUCCCUGUUAUCAUUUCUUCUUCCCCUUGUUCUCUCAGAUUUUGUGUACAUAGGUAGCUGUGGCCUGCCCUUUUCUCUCAGAUUUUGUGUAUGAAGACAAAGUUUGAAAUACGAAGAAAGAAGGAUGUAAGCAAAGUUUUUCUUGAUUUUA